UUGUAUCAAACAUGUUAAUAAAAAGUAAGACUAUUGAUUGAAAGAAGUGCAAAAAGACUGUUACAAAAACUGUUACACAAAAUCAGAAACAUAACAGUACAAAACAAUACACAGCACACAACUAUUAAUAGCAUCUGAAGUCUCAGCGACCACGUGCUGCGGAAGACUUUUCCAAUCACUAAUUGAUUUUGGGAAAUACGAGUUCUUAAACAUUUCAGUUUUACACCUAAUAUUCUUUAUUUUUAGUGGGUGGUCCACCCUUGAAGACAGGUAAUCAGGAUUAUCACCACUUCAGAAACUGCAGAUGCAGGAGAAUGGAAUGUGAAGAAGAAGAAGAGGACAGAUGUGCUGCUUCGCAAGGCCAAGCCACGUGUUCCAUCUGCUCUUGCUCGUGGCAAUGGAAUGUCACGGUGGCCACGAGGAAUUAAUGUCGGAAGUCCUGGCACUCAACGCAGUCCGCAGAGCUCUGACCUGCCUCGAGAGCAGGGGCUCGUCUAAACCGCUGGUAGCCCUGUCAUCCUCCAGACUGUUGCAGUUCCACCAAUUUCAGAAGCACUCCAGACAUGAUGCACUUUGCUUCCCAACGGAAACAGGUGUUCAAGCCCACUGCAACGUGGGCAAAUGCAUCGAGCCUGGCGUAUGUCGAUGCUUCUUUGGCUUCUCCGGAGACAAGUGUACCUCGUACCGGGGAAGAUGCUGGCUUCUGCACUGCUUCCUUCGAGACUGCUACAGUGCCAACGGUGCGAGGCUAAGAUGUCUUUGCGAUCCGUCGCUCUACGGUAUUCAGGUCCUCUCUGGCUUAUACUGGUAUCCAGAAGGGCUCUCCGGUUCAUACAAGCCACCGCCAGAGUCCUGGACAGACGAUAUCCCGAGUCAAGCCAAGGAUGCAGAUUUUGAAUCUUAUAAAUUAGAGGGUGUGGACGAAGAGAUCGACUUGUCUCUCUACCAGCGAGCAGUCGCCGCUGCGACAGCUCGGAAAGCGGAUAGCCUGGGGCUUGGAAAGAAAGCAGACGUCCGCCCUAGUGCGACUCGGCAGUUUGGACAAACUCUGCGCACAAGGAUCACCCGUCCAGAUCCUUCGCUUUGGAACAAGACCAUUAUCUCGUACCUGAUGUCUCAGAUCUCCGAGCUGAGCAAGAGCGAACAGAUCCAGAAGGUGAUCAAGGGCAUCCCUGGCUCAAGGACAAGUCUCAAGACCACAGACGUUCCAGUGGCCACCAAGUCUGCCAAGAACUCCCUGGAGAGGGACUUUGGGGAGGACCUGAAGUUUGUUUAUGAGAACUAUGUGCCACUGGACGAGGGAGCAGUUGUCAGUGCUGCUGCUCGCCCCAUUCUUCAAAUGCCCCAUUUGUCCCUGUGGACAGCCCUAUUCUUGGCUAAGCUGCAUGCGGCAGUUAUUCUUAAUAUAUCAACUGCUGCACUAACAUGUGCACAUAUUUCAACAAUGCAAAUACUUUCCCCUUCACCUUUAUUGGGUAAAAAUAAAUAGUACACACAGUGCAAGUUGCGGCAAAAAGGAAGGAA